ACCACCUGACCUACUUUUUGUGUAUCCCAGUGUAUAGAACAGCGACAUCUAUCGGCGUGAGGAUGCUGGUGCAGUUUGAUACACAUUUCGAUACACACGUGACAAUUUCACGCCCUUUCUUGUGAUUGGCUGUUUUUUCCCGCGUGGGAGUGACGUCGGGGGGGGGGCGUACCAACGUCAAGGACCAGGUGCGUGGACCUUUAAACAGACAGGCAGAGAGCAUGCACCGAUGAAGGAUGAAGGAUUAAACACCACCAGGUAAGCUUUUAUAUGUGUAAAUAUAAAGCGGAGCUAGCUCCAGGUGAUUCGGUUAAGACUGGAGUAGAUGAGAACGUGUCAUUUAUAUGUCAAGAGAAUAUGCACCGGCGAAGACGCCUAAAUCCAAAGGCUGAUGCCAACUUUUACAUUGAUACUGGAGGGGACAAAGUGGGACUUGACAUCAAAUACAUCAAUGCCUUCAAAGGUCGUGGCAUCUUCACCUCUGCUCUAUUUGAAAAGGGAGACUUUCUGUUGGAAUAUAGAGGUGAAUUAAUAAGCCAGCAAGAAUGUGAACGGAGACAGAGACUUCAUAACGACUGCCUGAAGGUGUUCAUGUUCGAGUUCUAUUUUAAUGGAAAACUAUGGUGUUUUGAUGCAGCAAAAGAGGAUGGGUCACUUGGAAGACUUGUGAACGAUAAUAAUGUCAACCCCAAUGCCAAGAUGAAGUACCUAAACAUACAAGGGAAGCCCCAUCUGUGUUUGUUUGCAACACGAGACAUCAGUCAAGGAGAGGAGGUCACCUAUAAUUAUGGUGACUCGGAUUGGCCGUGGAGAUGCAAGCUUCAGAAAUCUGAAGGAAAGUCUUCGGACGGGAGGCAGGGUGAGCGUCCAUCUACAUCCGAGCCUUCUCAGAGUACUCAAAAGGUGUCAACAAGUAAGAGGCAAGAAAAGAGAUCUCCAGGUGCAUCAACUAGUCUGCUCAAAAGAUAUGAAAAGAUGAUAACAGUGAGCUGAUUGAGUCUGCUCUGAGGGACGAAACUGACCAGCUUGAGACCUCUGUGGAUGGCCUGAAUCCAACAUUCACACAACUUGGUCUCCUCAACUGGGUUGAAGAGAUGAUAACAGUGAGCUGAUUGAGUCUGCUCUGAGGGACGAAACUGACCAGCUUGAGACCUCUGUGGAUGGCCUGAAUCCAACAUUCACACAACUUGGUCUCCUCAACUGGGUUGAAGAGAUGAUAACAGUGAGCUGAUUGAGUCUGCUCUGAGGGACGAAACUGACCAGCUUGAGACCUCUGUGGAUGGCCUGAAUCCAACAUUCACACAACUUGGUCUCCUCAACAGGGUUGAAGAGUGUCAAGCAUCACCUGGUGUGCACAACAAUAUCCUCCUUGGACAAGUAUGUUCAAUGUUUGGGACCUGUAUCCUCCAAGUGGCGUGGCUAUGAAUGCAGAGAUAAGAUAUUUCGUGGAUUGGUACAAAGUGCGUCUUGGGGUAUUAGGUCGGUAUAUUUGCUGUGUUCAAAUGUACAAACCAUUCUAUAAUGAAACACUUAUGACAAAUAAUCCUUAAUUCACAGCAUAGGAUGCUAUAUCAACUAUUUCCAAAAUUGUGAAGUGUAAGUAUAUCAUUGAAAUUACUUUAAAGUGUUUUAUUUUUGCCUUAUUGGUACUGACAAGAUCUCUUAUGGUUUAAUGCUAGAGGUUCUUUUCCAAUACACCAGCUGUUACACUUAAAAGUGUAAACAUGGGCAACAAUU